AUGGGUGAAUUGGCGCGACAAGCGAAACCCCUCCAGAUCGAGGACUAUGGCCUCAUCGGUGAUAUGCGAACCUGUGCCUUGGUCGGAAAGAAUGGAAGCAUUGAUUUCAUGUGCUGGCCUCACUUCGACUCGCCGUCUAUCUUUGCAAAUGUUCUGGACACAACUGAAGGCGCGGGAGGGCAUUGGAAGAUCAGCCCACAGAGCAGCUCUGUGUGCAAACAAAACUAUCGAGCAUCUUCCAACCUUCUCCAAACGAAAUGGAUAGACGAAGACGGGGUGGUCAAUCUGACCGACUUCUUCGCGGUUUCAAAGCAUAACAAAGUGCUGCGAGAGAAAUGGAGCGGAUCGACCUUGGUGCGAAAGGUGGAGUGUGUUCGGGGGAAGAUGUCCAUCUACAUCGAACUGUGUCCUCGCCCAGAUUAUGCACGAGAUCAAGGCUUUAUGAAAAUCUCCGACGUCCAGAGCGAGGAGGGCACCUAUCACCAGACUCUAACUUGGACUCCCAACAACAAGGACAAGGUUGGAUCUGCCGACAUUCCAGAAUUUCACGCCAGCUUCUGCACCCACGACCGGCCGGUGAGCUCACAACCCAAGAUGUUCCAGCACGUCAAGCCCGGCGAAACUGCUGCCAGUGACAGCAAAUCUCCACUGUCACGAGCCCGAUUCGACCUGCAAGAAGGGCAGCAGAUCUUCAUGAUUAUGUGCAAUCGCCACGUCGCACCCCAUCUCACAAAGGACCUCAUAAUGAACCUCGAAAACGAUGCCUAUAGAUUCUGGACAAGCUGGGUGCGUGCGUGCCUUUACCGCGGCCGCUUUCAGCAAGAAGUCGAACGGAGCAUGCUCAUCCUGAAACUGCUGACCUAUGACCCCACGGGUGCAAUUGUCGCGGCACCGACCUUCUCGCUGCCCGAGGCCAUCGGUGGACCACGGAAUUGGGACUACCGCUAUUCGUGGGUCCGUGAUGCCAGCUUCACCGUCUACGUGUUCCUCAAAAUGGGCUUUCCCGCCGAAGCCGAAGCCUAUAUCAACUUCAUCUUCGCCCGCAUCGCGGAAUGGCGUAAGAAAGCCGAAGCGUCCAAAGGGGAGAGACACCAUCUCCCUCUGAUGUUUGGCAUCGACGGCUCCACGAGCCUGCCAGAACUCACCCUCGAUCAUCUCGGUGGGUAUCAAGACAGUGUGCCCGUCCGCAUUGGCAAUGCCGCCACCGACCACGUCCAGCUCGACAUCUACGGCGAACUCAUGGACUCGAUCUACCUGUUCAACAAGCACGGCAAGCCGAUUUCGUACGCCCAGUGGCUCGACAUCCGCUACCUGACCGACUUUGUGUGCGAGAUCUGGAACGAGCCAGACAUGUCCAUCUGGGAAGUCCGCGGCCGCAAACAGCACUUUACCUACUCGAAAAUCCUACUGUGGGUCGCCGUGGACCGCGCCCUCCGCCUCUCCGAGAAGAGGAACUUCCCCUGUCCGAAUCGCAACAAGUGGCUCGAGACCAGAGACACCAUCUACGAGCAAGUGAUGCAAAAGGGGUUCAACUACGACAUGAACUGCUUCGUGCAGAGCUACGAGUCGAACAAGACCCUAGACUCGGCCGUGUUGAUUGCGCCACUGGUCUUCUUCAUGAGUCCGAAUGACCCCCAGUUUGUCGGCACCUUGGAUCGGAUCUUGCGGACGCCGGAGAAGGGGGGACUGACGAGUGCCGGAUUCGUGUUUCGGUACGACCAUGAGCAGACUGAUGACGGCGUGGGCGGCCGCGAAGGCACCUUCGUCAUGUGCACUCUAUGGCUGAUCGAAUCCCUCAUCCGUGCCGCAAAAUACGACUCCAAGUACCUCGAGCGUGCGCAGACCAUGUUUGAGACGGUCACAAACUUUCGCAACCACGUCGGCAUGUUGAGCGAAGAAAUCGCCCUCUCGGGUGAACAGCUGGGCAACACGCCGCAGGCAUUUAGUCAUUUGGCCUAUGUCUCUGCCGCGAUCAAUCUGGAGCGGGUCACCAGGGGGGACUUUGAGGGCGGGUUUGGGAAGUAG